CCGAGGAAAUCCGCAAAAAGGAGCGAUUAGGCUUCGGGCCGCGGUGGCUCCGCUUACGGCUUAGAGGAGGCCCCAGCCAAAUCGGAAGCAGUGGGGGGCAUCCUCCUGCUGGGGGGAACCGGCCUUCGAAAAAUGAUGCAAAAUGUGCAUCUGGCUCCUGAGGCUGAUGAAGAUGAUCUUUAUUCUGGCUACAAUGAUUAUAAUCCCACGUUUGACACAGAGGAUUUAGAAAAUGAUGUAGGUUUUCAACAGGCAGCAAGAACAAGUCAUGGUAGAAGACCCCCUCUGACAGCCAAAAUUCCUGGUACAUCAUCCUCAAGACCUUUAGCUACUGGAUUUGGGUCAAAGGCAACUUUAACUUCAUCUAUGGGAAGACCAAUGACAGGAGCUAUACAGGAUGGGGUUGCCCGACCAAUGACAGCAGUGCAUGCUGCAGGUUACACUAAGGCAGCUAUGAGAGGUUCUUCAUUUGAUCCUCUUGGCCAAGCAAGGGGUCCUGCUCCACCUCUGGAAAUGAAAAAUUCAGACAGUUCAGAAGAGAAGAUUAGGCAGUUGGAAAAAAAAGUGAAUGAACUGGUUGAAGAAAGCUGCAUUGCCAACAGCUGUGGAGACUUGAAAUUGGCUCUGGAAAAAGCAAAAGAGGCUGGAAGAAAGGAAAGAGUAUUGGUGAGACAACGUGAACAAAUUGCUACUCCAGAAAACAUCAACUUAGACCUCACUUACUCAGUUCUUUUCAAUCUGGCCAGUCAGUAUGCUGCUAAUGAAAUGUAUGCUGAAGCACUGAAUACUUACCAAGUUAUAGUGAAGAAUAAGAUGUUCAGCAAUGGAGGUAGACUGAAGGUGAAUAUGGGAAAUAUAUAUUUAAAGCAACGUAACUAUUCCAAAGCUAUCAAAUUCUACCGUAUGGCUUUAGACCAGAUUCCUAGUGUCCACAAAGAGAUGAGAAUUAAAAUAAUGCAAAAUAUCGGAGUUGCAUUUAUUAAAACUGGCCAAUAUAGUGAUGCCAUUUCUUCAUUUGAACAUAUAAUGAGCAUGUCCCCAAACCUGAAGGCAGGCUUCAACUUGAUCCUAUGUUAUUUUGCUAUUGGAAACGGUGAGCAGAUGAAAAAAGCCUUCCAAAAACUGAUUGCUGUUCCCUUGGAGGUGGAUUAUGACGACAAAUACAUUUCACCAAAUGAUGAUCCACAUACAAAUCUACUGAUUGAAGCCAUUAAAAAUGACAGCUUAAGACAAAUAGAACGUGAGAGGAAAUCUAUGGCAGAGGAAUACAUCAUGACAGCUGCUAAACUCAUUGCACCAGUAAUUGAGACAUCUUUUGCAGUGGGCUAUGACUGGUGUGUUGAAGUAGUAAAAGCUUCCCACUAUGUAGAGUUAGCCAAUGACCUGGAAAUAAAUAAAGCCACUACUUACUUGAGGAAAAAUUUAAUCAGACAGGCACUGGAAACUUUAAAAAUGUUUGAAAAAAAGGACAGCAGAGUAAAGAGUGCAGCUGCAACAAACCUUUCAUUCCUUUAUUAUUUGGAGAAUGAAUUGGCACAAGCAACUAACUAUGCAGAUUUAGCUGUAAAUUCUGAUAGGUACAAUCCAGCAGCUCUAACUAACAAAGGAAAUACUGUUUUUGCAAACGGAGACUAUGAAAAAGCAGCUGAGUUUUAUAAGGAAGCUCUCAGGAAUGAUUCCUCAUGCACUGAAGCACUUUAUAAUCUUGGUUUAACAUACAAGAAGUUAAACAGAAUAGAUGAAGCUUUGGAUUGUUUCCUUAAACUCCAUGCAAUCCUUCGAAAUAGUGCCCAAGUCCUUCACCAGAUAGCAAACAUAUAUGAGAUCAUGGAGGAUCCCAAUCAAGCCAUAGAGUGGCUCCUGCAGUUGAUCAGUGUAGUACCAACGGAUCCACAUGUACUUUCAAAGCUAGGGAAAUUAUAUGAUAAUGAAGGUGAUAAAUCCCAAGCUUUUCAUUAUUACUAUGAGUCAUACCGGUAUUUCCCUUCAAACAUUGAGGUCAUUGAAUGGCUUGGAGCCUAUUACAUUGACACUCAGUUUUGUGAAAAAGCCAUUGAGUACUUUGAGAGAGCAGCACUUAUCCUACCAACACAAGUGAAGUGGCAGCUGAUGGUUGCCAGUUGCUACAGGAGAAGUGGUAACUACCAGAAAGCGCUGGAGAAAUACAAAGUAAUUCAUGGAAAAUUCCCAGAGAACGUUGAAUGUCUUCGAUUUUUAGUUCGUCUGUGCACAGAUAUGGGGCUGAAAGAAGUCCAGGAAUACAUGACAAAGCUCAAGAAAGUGGAAAAGUUAAAAGAAAUAAGAGAACAGCGCAUUAAAUCUGGCAGAGAUGGCAGUGCACGUAGCCGCAGAGAAGGAAAUGCUGGUGGUGAUACUGGUGGUUCCAAAGGGGAAAGACUGAGUGCCAAACUAAAAGCUUUGCCUGGAACAAGUGAACCCUAUGAAAGUAGCAGCAGUAAAGAAAUAGAUGCCUCCUACAUAGAUCCACUUGGCCCACAAGCAGAAAGACCAAAAACUGCAGCAAGAAAAAGACCUGAGGAAGAUGACUUUGCUGAUGAAGAACUAGGAGAGGAUUUGCUUCCAGAAUAG